CUCUCUCUCUCUCUAGAUGUUGUUCCUAUUAUUGGGGAUCAAAUCCCUAUUUCACUUUGCUUUCGAAUUACAGUGAGAUUGUUGAAGAUGCGUCCCUAAAUUCGUCAGAUUUGUUUGAACAGGAGGAUUUGAUAUCUUUCCAUCUAGGUUCUUUGUGCUGUUCCUUUUUGAAAUAGUGAUGCAAAUUAUUUAUUCAACAAUAAUUCCUUAUUUAGAAAGAGCAACGGUGAGUUCUUGCUACUGAAAUGUAUUGCACAAGUCAUAGUGAACUGUCUUUAACUUCAUAGUGUUGAUAUCCUUUUGUUUUGUGCUGAUAGAAAUUGUUUGAUACUACGGGAAGCGGCAAUCCAAAAUUCAGAUCUUCAGGCAUAGAGAAAGCAAUAUGCUCGAACAUCAGUUCAGCAAGGAGGGAACUUCUCAAAUUUCGGAGGUAACUGCAUCUCCAACUCCAGAUCCUCUUGAAACGGGCACUACCCAUUCAAGCUUGGGUCAAUCUCUCAAAUUAAGCUCUUCUACAAUCCAUCACUGUCAUGUUCAAUCGAAAUGUGAGAAAGAAAACAUUGAAUGCUGUGUCCCCAAAAAAGUAGACGAAGAAUGUGAAUUGAAAAGCAAGAACUCAGGGAUUGGACAACUGGACCUUAAUGCGGUGGAUGUUUCUAGCAUGGUGGAAGACAAUUCCUGCUAUAAGUCGAAGUUGGUUGACACCAUAGAGUGCAGUAGCACUACUGGCCCUUUAGAAGAGAGUGAACCUCUGAGAAUGUGGAAAGAAAUGAAACAGAAUGGUUUUCUUUCAUCUUUGCAUGGAGGUGUAUCAGAAACCAAGCAGCGCGGCCGCAAGCCUAAAAAGAGAAAAGAUGAUGUUAUCAAGAAGAAGAUUUACUCUGCAAGGAAAGAGCAGGUAAGUAGACUCAUUAAAGUUGCUGCUCCAAGCGGUCUCCUCUCUGGAUUAAACCCUGGAAUUAUAAACCAUGUACGAAAUAGCAAGCAGGUACGGGCCAUAAUAGAGGCUAUGGUGCAGUCGGAGAAGCUCGAAGGUCAAAAUGAAAGCAGGUUUAAUCAAACAGGAAAAGGAAGAGAAGAAUGUAUCGGCAGAAGGAAAGAUCAAAUUAAUGCCCAUGAUUCGUCAACUCAUCAGUUUAUUCCGUCAGAACAACAAGCGGAAAUCAAUCAAUUAAGUAUGGGUCAUAACUUUUAUCAGGGAUGUAACUCUGAACCUUCACUAGUCACUGAAGAUGCAGAAGAUGGCAAGUUUAAGCAGAAAAUUGCAUCAAAUAUAACUACAACGACAUCUGUUCAAAAUUUUUCGGCAAAUCUAGAUAAUACUACCUCUUUGUCUUUAAAAGCCGCUAAUGUUGCUUUACACUGGUUGGAUCUGCUUCAGCAGGACAUUAAAGGCCGUCUCGAUGCUCUAAGGCGUAGUGAGGAGAGAGUAAGGAAUGCGAUCCACACAGAACUGCCAUACCUACUAUCGACAGAAUUCUCAUCUGGCAAAGAAAUAGGCGCACCUCGCAAAUCUUCUUUGGAGGCGGGAUGCUUGGAGAAAGCAAUAUCAGAGAGUCAUAUGACACGAUGGAGAGCUCUUUUCAGUCAAAUAGAAAAAGCACUGGAUGAGGAGGCAAGAUAUCUUGAAAAUUGGUUGAGACAAGUCCAAGAAAUGCGCACGCACGGUGAGAAAGGACUAAAAUAUGCUGGUGAAAAUGUAUUCUCAAAAUUGGAACCUCUAGAUGGUUUAAUUAAACUGAGGAAAUCAGAAGCAUUUGAAUGUGAAUGUGCUGUCAAAGCAGCUGCUGCAUCCAUCUACUCCACAUGUAAUUUGAUCAUGAGAACUGAAAACGCGCCUGGCCGCUGAUGCCACCUAACCAUUCUUCUUGUACUCUGAUGUAUUAUGUUGUAAUCUUGUUUGUUCUCUUUGUUUUCAAUUAUCAUGAGGGUUUUUAGUUCCAUGGUAUUCGGCCUGUUCUUUUUUUUUUCCCUAACUUCUUUUUCCUCUCGUAUUUGUGUAACAAUGAUUUACUGCAUGGCAAACUAAUUUUAUAAUUGUACCUGUAAUGAAUCAGAAUGUUUCUUGCUUGUAAACUUAUCUUCAAUUUGGUAAUAUACUGGAGCCUAU